UCCGUAGUCACAUGAGUGGUUUGUUGUGGUUGUGCCUUUUUCCCCCCCUUUCAUUUUACACUAUGUCGUUUCAAUUCUGACUGUGUAAUCGUCUCUAUUUUGUUGUAAUAUUACGAUUCUUCGGAUUCUUUCACUUAUAAAUCUCCCCAUAAGCAAGUCACGCGAGAACGUUUCGGAUUUUUCGGUUAGUCUGGUGACCGGUGAGGCAUGAUUCACCCCGCAGCCUGAGCUAGACACGCAGGGAGGCUGUUGUUAGUUAGAUUUUUUAUUGUUUUUACUUUGAGGGAGUCAGUUUACGGUGGCUGUUUCUGGAGCCGCCGAUUCGUCAUGCUGCGCUGGAUUCUCGGAGGUCGGGAGGCGCAGAACUCGGUGGAGAAAAGCCCCGUGUUGUGCAUCGGAGAGGAACAGCCCAAAAACUGCUUCACUGAGCUGCAGGUGCUGAAAGGACAUUUUGACAUCGUUCGAUUUCUGGUGCAGAUUGAUGACUUCAGGUUUGCUUCGGCGGGGGACGACGGCCUGGUGCUGGUGUGGAACGUCGAGUCAGGAGAGCGGCUACAGGAGCUGAGAGGACACUCCCAGCAGAUCACAGCCAUCAGCGCCUUCUCCUGCGGCGACGGCUUCACGUCGCUCCUCACCGCCUCCUCAGACCGGAGCCUCAGUCUGUGGGAUCCUGACACAGGAAACAGAGUGCAGACCAUUUCAGACCUGCAGUCUUCGGUGAAGUGUUUGCUGGUGCUGGAGCGGCUGUCUGUGUGGCUGUCCGGCGGGCAGGAGUUGUGCGUUUGGGACAAAGACUUCCAGCUGCUCUGUCACAGACAAAAGCACAGCGACACCGGAGUCGCUGCUCUGGUAGAACUGCCGAAGAACUGCGUGGCAGCCGCUGUGGAUAAAGCGAUAGUGAUCUACAGAUUGACCGUGUCAUCAGAUUCGUCUGUGUUGCUGGAUGAGGUCUCGCGUUGUUCUGAUCACCACGACCAGAUCCGAGCUCUCAUCAACGUCAACGACGGGAUGUUUGCCAGCGGCUCCCACUCGGGCGAGUUGAUCCUGUGGGACUCGGCUAACUUUUGGAAUGUGGCCUACGAGCACAUCCUGUGGGAGGAGUCUCACCCCAGCAGCCAGACGGAAAUCAGACUGGCCGCUCCCAAGCCCAGUGAGAUGUCCAUCCAGCACCUGACCUCCAAUGGGAGGCUGAUCCUGGCGGCUGUGGGCAGUGGGCUGUAUGUGUACGACGUUGUGACCAAAGCUGUGGUGGCCUACAGGAAGGCCGCACACGACUCCAAUGUGCUGCACACCAUGCUGCUGUCUGACGGUGAGCUGAUGUCGUGCUCUGAAGACGGCAGCGUGAGGAUGUGGGAGGUCCAAGAUUUACCUUUGGCUGCUGAACCUGCAUCUGCAGGAUUCUUUGGUAUGUGGACUUUUGGACGGUCGAGCAAACAGCCUGGUCCUCAGUCAAAGAAGGUCCUGGAAAUUCCCAACCUGAGGACACUGGAGCUGACCGGAGAUCUGAUUGGACACUCGGGAGCGGUCCAGAUGUUCCUGAGCUUCAGGGAGAAGGGCUUGGUGACGUGCUCGACGGACCACCUGCUGAUUCUGUGGAAGGACGGGGAGAGGCAGUCCCGGCUGCGCAGCCAGGCGCUGUUCCAGAAGCUGGAGGAGAACGGAGGACUCUGAAAACGAAGCCUUUAGUCAGAAGAGAAGGAUGACUAUCGUUGCCUCGCACACCAUAUGACUGCAGACUGACGAUUGCUGUUUACAUUCAUUGGUUGGCUAGUUAUUUUUUUAUUGAGGAAAGUUCAUUAAUUAAAGUGAAUGAAAAUGG